CUCAAUAGUAGUUGAUUAGGUUACAGGGGUUCAGGAGUUGGGACCAACUCACAACGAGCUGACCAAUGGCUCAGUUUGUCAGGCCGCUAAUCGUCUCGCCGGCGUCCAAAUUGCCUUUCCGGCGCUGCAUAAACUCUCUUUUCGACUCAAAAGUGUUGACUUCUUCCACCGGAGGAUUAAUACACCGUCGGUUCCUUACGGGAACAAGUCCUUCAAUUCUUAUCCACCGGAAGAAUCUCCAUUUGUCUCGAUCCCGCGGUCUACGUCCGGCAGACGCCCCGUUACCGCCCGAACUCAGUCAGAGCGACAACGAAUCGAAUUCUUCAGAUGCAGAACGGAAGAGCCGGAACGAGAAGAAACGACAGGCUCGUCGCUCUUUUCGCUGGGGUAUGGAGCUUGCCGACUUAAACGAUUCUCAAAUUAAACGCAUCCUCAGAGUGGUUUCACUUGAAAAAGAAGUGUUUGAUGCUCUCAUGUUGGCGAAGAGAUUAGGUCGUGAUGUUCGGGAGGGGAAGAGAAGGCAGUUCAGUUAUAUUGGAAGAUUAUUGCGUGAUGUGGAGCCUGAAUUAAUGGAAGGAUUGAUCAAAGCAAUGAAAGACAGUGAUGUUCAAAAGUUUCAGGAGUUAUCUGGUUCAGAUAAAUUAGGUAUUGGAGACGCCAAUGAAGAGGAAGAAGAAAUCACCGAUGAGGAAGAAGAGGAGGAGUCUUGUGAUUACCAUGAUAUAGCAACCAGGUGGUUUGAUGGAUUAGUUAACAAAGACAUCGAUAUCACUAACGAGAUUUACUCUCUGAAUAGUGUUGACUUUGAUCGUCAAGAGUUACGUAAACUGGUUAGAAGUUUCUGCUCUAUGCAAGAUCGUGUUAAUGCUACAUCAUCAUCAGAGGAUAAUAAAGAAGGAGAAAAAGAUGUAGGAUUAAUGAAAGCUAAAAGACACCUAACACGUUUUCUUGUUUCACUUGCUAAGCAACUACCAACUGAAGAAAACUACAUGCUUUAAUCCUAAACAUAUCUUUUACAAUAUGAUGGUGAGGCUAGUUUCGGUAUGGAUGUAUAGAUUAAUGGAGAGCUUAGUUUGUAAAAUGUGAGGUAUCAAUUGUUAUUUUAAUUUUAAUAAAUUUAUUAAGAGAAAGAGAAGUGGUAUUUUGACA